CGUGCUUCUCUUGUAGUUCCACCCCUUGUGGUGUCGCACCGAUACUCCUCCGACCGCGUCUAACGUUCGUUCCGGACCGUUUGUGAUUCCUGAGAUAGCCACAAUGACCGGCCGGGUUCUAGUCGGAGUUAAGCGGGUUAUUGAUUAUGCUGUGAAGAUCCGUGUGAAGCCGGACAACACUGGCGUGGCUACAGAUGGCGUGAAGCACUCGAUGAACCCUUUCUGCGAGAUCGCAGUGGAGGAGGCUGUGAGGCUGAAGGAGAAGAAGCUGGUGAAUGAGGUUGUGGCUGUGAGCUGUGGACCUCAGCAAGUGCAGGAGACGAUCCGCACAGCUCUGGCUAUGGGGGCAGACCGCGGCAUUCACGUCGAGGUUUCCGGAAAGGACUACGAGUCUCUCGGCCCCCUGCAAGUAUCUAAGAUCCUCGCCGCAUUGGCCAAGAAAGAGGACGCCUCCCUCAUCAUCCUCGGGAAACAGGCUAUUGAUGACGACUGUAAUCAGACGGGUCAGAUGACGGCCGCUCAGUUGGACUGGCCCCAGGGCACUUUCGCCUCCGAGGUGACGUUCGAGGGAGAUAAACUAAAAGUGGUGCGAGAGGUCGACGGAGGACUGGAAACGAUCAAAAUCAACACGCCUGCAGUCGUGACCGCUGACCUUCGCCUCAACACACCCCGAUACGCCACGCUGCCCAACAUCAUGAAAGCAAAGAAAAAGAAGAUUGCCACCAUGAAGCCUGGUGACCUGGGAGUGGACAUGAGCUCCCGAGUGGAGGUGCUGAGGGUGGACGAGCCUCCACAGAGGCAGGCUGGAAUGAAGGUGGAGUCAGUGGAAGAGCUGGUGGGCAAACUGAAGGAGGCAGGAAGGAUAUAAAGGAUUCAGUGGCAGGUGGAGCAGUGCACAAAAUCACUGGGAGCCUUUUUUUUUCCAUUGAUACAAACCCAGACUCAAACUCCAUGCACAUUCUUGCAGCAUCUCAACCUUCGAUUCUCAGACCAGCUGACUGCAGCAGAGUUUGCUCCGUUCUGUUUCUAUUCCUGGUCCUUAAAACCUUCACACUGUUCAUUAAAGGACAUUUUCUGCUCUAGUCCAUCUAGUUGUGCUACACGAUCUGGUGUAGAUUAAUGCUGAGGGACACAUUCUCAUGUUGAAGAGUACAGUUCUGAUCUACGAUCAGUUUUUGCUUCAUAUUAUUAAUAGAUGAUUGGGUGAUUUCUCAGGCUGAAAUGUAGGAUGCUGAUGUAGGAAGUGUUGCUUUGUGCAUAAUCCUAAUUUAAUCAACUUGAAACCUUUCUCACGUGAGUUUGAAGCGCAUUCUCCGUUAAUUUGUCCCUCCUGCUGCCAUUUAUGUUCGAAAGUUCAGACUUUUACGAAACAAGGGUGUGCCUUGGGUCCUACAUUCUUUAUAAAUAAUAGGCAUUUCUAACCAAUAAAUAAACUCUAAAAAUACUCUUCGGAACUGUAGAUAAACCACAUAAGAACUGUUUGAGGUUGUACAGGCCCACUAGGUCUCUCAGCAUGGACCAGAACGGGAGAGAUGAACUCUUUAUAUGUGUGCAUCUGCUUUUGAGUUUUGAUUGUACAGUGUCUAACUGAAAAUAAAAAAAUAUUCUGUCCGUUUCA